ACUCCCGAAAUAGAUUUCGAUCGAUCGUGUUUUAGUCUGGUGACAUUGUCAUCCCUACCCUAGAGACCUUAUUAGUCGUUUGGAAAAUACUCCCGAGUAACUCUGUUUUCGCUGAGAGAAAUGUAUCGACAUCGAACGGAAACCAUCUACAGCCUAUCCACCCACCCAAGUUAGGGCCGCCCGGCCUACAUUCGCCAGCAACGCGAGGAUACUCGGCCUUCCUUUGUCUGCAUGGCCGCCCCGCUUCGAGCAAAAUAGUCGCAACAAACUUUGAGAAAACCCCAUUCGGUACCACGCGCUGGCAGCUGAUUGGCCAAUCGAUAUUCGACAUGACGUCAUGCGACCUAAAGGUGUAGAAUGUCAACCAAAGAACCUCAAUCACAAGUCUUCAAGCACAGUGUGAAAGGUGAUUCCAUAAAGAUAACCACUGCCAGAAAAUCCACUGCUAAAUUGGGACAAGGCUGGUCACUACCUAAGCUUGGCAUAACCAAAUCAGAAGGCGACAGUGGGAUUGGUUCAUCUGAUUCUUCAGACUCAAUGAGUGAUGUGAAGGACAGUUUUCAGGAGGCAAUAAUGAACCUCAAGGCUUUGAACGGGGAAGGGGACAGUGCCAAGACUGAGUCUGCUUUGGAAAGUGAUGCUGUUACAGAGAAGUCUGGGAACUGCAAUGGCAAAUCUAUACUGAAAACAGUAGAUAUAGAUGAUCAAGCAAAUGGUGAUGCAAUGACUGUAGCUUCUCCUGGAGUAGACUCUAAGCCAAGUGACAAUGGACAUGAAACUCCAAGUAUACAGUCAGCUAAUGAUAGUAAGGAUGGCGAGGAACAAGAAGAAUCCAUGGAAGUAACGGAUGAAGUAACAGAUGAAGUAACUGAACAAUGUGAAGAAGCUGCCGAAGUGCAGUCUGAUGAACCUUCCAAAGUUCAGUCUGAAGAACCAUUGGAAGCUCUGUGUGAGAAACCAUUGGAAAUUCAGUCUGAAGAACCAUUGGAAGCUCAGUCUGAAGAACAAUCUGAGAUUCAGUCUGAAGAACCAUCAGAGAUUCAGUCUGAAGAACCGUCAGAGGUUCAUUCAGAAGCUCCUUCCGAGAUUCAAUCUGAAGAACCUUCUGAAGUACAAUCGGAAGAACCGUCAGAAGUUCAGUCUGAAUUACAAUCAGAUGUUCAGUCUGAAAUGCAGUCUGGUGCACCAUCAGAGAUACAAUCAGAAGAAAUUUCUCAAGAUGCUGAUAGGGAGAUAUCUGUAGAACCAGAAGUAUCUACCUCUGAUAAAAUUGAAAUAAUUGACAGUGACAAUGAAGACACAAACGAAACUUCCAAAACACCAAAUAGCUGUGAUGAUGAUGAAGUGAUGCUGCUGUCGGAAAGGGAGACUCUAACAGAAAAGGAUGAGAAGUCUCAGGAUUCUGAGCUUGGGGAUCAUCCUUUGACAAUUGGUGAUAAGGUCAGAAACUCAGUGAGAGAUAUUAUGUCCAAACUUAAACAGGGUAAUGAAUUGAAUAAACUAUUGGUGAAGCCCAAACACGAAGAGAGUAUGGAUGUUGAACUAACAACUGGUUCUUCAGAAAAGACCUCUGAAAAGAGCAAGCUCCUGCCACCAUCUCCCAGAAAGGGCAACUUGUUUGAGAAUCUAACUGGGAUAGGAGCUGGGAGUUCAUCCAAGAAAACAGAGGGUAAAAGUGCUAAUGACAAACAAGAUGGAAAUAGCGUAGCAAAGAACUCAUCUGAACAAUUAGGUCCACAAGAAAGUGAUGUAGAAUUAAUUGAUGAUGACUUUGACAAGAAAGAUGAUGAUAUUAUUCUAUGUGAUGAUGAGGAACCAAUGUUGAAAUCAAACUCAGGUAACUCAAAUGUAACUCAGGGUACAGACGAAAUUAAGAGUGAAUCUGAUUCUAAGGAAACAACCACAACAGAGACCAAGACUGAGUGUAGAUCUAGUGAAAAUGAUAAGCCUUCUGAACAAAUGGUGAAGAAAGAAGUCAAAUCAGAGAGGAAAGUGGAAAAUGAAGAUGAAAUCAAACCGAUGGAGAUCGAAGAGGAUAGCGAAGUCAAAGAUGAGGUGAAAAUGGUCAAACAUGAAGAUUCUGCUGAAGCCGCUCCUGCCUCUAGAACUGAUCGUAAGAGAUCUCAGGAAGAUCAGUCCUCGGAGUCUGGGAUUCCACCCAAGAGGUCAAGACUAGACAUGGUUAUUGGAAAGUUGGGAUCACAAAUUGGAAUUUCUCCUGAUACCAUCAAAUCUGAUACCUCGGAUGAAGAUUCCCACCCUGGGAGUGAGAUGAGUGAGAAGUCGGAGGAUGCCUUGUCUUCUGUGAGUGAUGAGGAUGAUGACAAGACAUCUCAGUCAAGCACGAAGACCAUUCGACUCUCAGGAAAGGAAUUAGAAGCUCUUGUAAGAAGUAAAGUCUCUGCCUACCUCAAAGCUCAUCGUGACAGCAAAAUGGAGUCUCUCAAGUCCAAGAUAGUGGAUCUGCAGAUGGCCAAUGAAUCAUGGAGAACUCAGGCCAAAGAACUGCAGAAGAAGGUCCUGGAUCUCACUGUGUUACAGCAGAGGCUAGAGAAAAGAAAAGCUGCCACUGCUGCACUCAGGCAAAUAACCACUCGCAGUGUGGCUGUGCAGGCAGAUGACACCAAGGAAAAGCAGGCUUCGCGGUCUGAGACUCAGACAAAUUUUGCGACUGGUUUGGCAGUGAAGCAGCCUAAAACACCCCCUAAAGCAGCAGCACCAGCAACCAGUACCAGUUUCUCUAUGCCAAUAUUCUCCAGCAACACUGCAGCUGCUCCUGUCAGUUCCACCAGCGUGGCCGGAGUUGUCUUGACAUCAGGCAGCAAAAUAGCCCCUGCUGCAUCUAUCACUGCCUCUACAGUCAAUAGGAGUAGUGUCUCACAGUUGCUGUCGGCCACUGCUGUUCUACAGACCACGCCAUCAACAUCAACUACCCUCAUAGGUGGCCACCCUCCACUAGGUACCUUGACCGGAGUCCGACCUCAGCUUGCCCAGCACCUGAGCACUGCCCUCCCCACAGCCCUCCCCACAUCACUCACAACAGUGCGCAGUCUCCUAGACAACACCAAGACCAUCGACACCACCAGCAAGUUACAAACCGUUUCAGGCCAGCCCAUCUCAGGCUCCAAUGUUAUAGUUAUGAGCUCUCCCAAUCUUGCUGGUCAGGUUGGGGCUAAGGGGAUUGUGAAUGUUCCCAAGGUAAUUGACCUGACAUCCGAUGAUGAUAAUGCUAAAGGUCCAGCAACUGCAACUCAACCUGCACGAACAAUGACAGUGAUGCCAGGGACAGCAGUUUCUGCUCUACGUCCGGGUCUUGUACAGCAGCAAGUGAUCAGGGGUGUCAACCCGCUCACUUUACAACAGUCGCUCACUAGUGGAACAUCUAUUCUACUUAGCUCACCAGGACUUGUCAAUGCAGGUCCCCAGAGUUUAACACGUCCUGGAGGGACAUUCCAAAUCGUGACUGUAGCAUCAGGGUCCAAUCUGCGGCCAGGAACAUUGCUGACUGUUGUCCCUGCUUCCAGCCAUGUUAACACACAACAAACUCAAAUACGCACAACUGUUCCCACUGUACUCCCUGUGGCUAAGUCAGCAGGGGCUCCGGUGGGACAGACUAUGCCUCAGUUACGUCCAGGUACAAGUUUAAGUCAAAUCAGUGUCUCAACUCCUGUUCGACCAGCCACAUCAUUACAGACAGUAACAGCCAGACCACCACCACCUCUACAGACAGCACCUUCAUCUACUCCAGUGUCAACACCCAUCACUCUGGCUCCUGCCCCUGCCCCUGCUCCAGCCCCUGCCCCAUCACCUGUACCCACUCAGAAACACCCAGCACCGCUCCCUGCCAAACCUACUAAUCAAGUCAGCAGGGGGAUCAAGGGAGUCCUACCUCCAAAACCAGGUCUCAAAAUUUCAAGAGUCAGUCAAGGUAUUGUGUUGUCCUGGAACAUGACACUACAGGACAACCAUGCAGAGAUAGCUUCUUACCAGCUCUUUGCAUACCAGGAGAGCUCUGCUCCGCCAAGCACAACUUUGUGGAAGAAGGUGGGUGAUGUGAAGGCCCUGCCCCUACCCAUGGCCUGUACACUAACCCAGUUCCAGGAAGGAAACAAGUAUCACUUCGCAGUUCGUGCUGUUGACAAUCACACCCGGCUAGGAGAUUUCAGCGACCCCAGCACAAUUCAUCUAACACCAAAGUAAUCCCAUCAUCGCCAUCUCAUCAGUUAACAUGGUGCAACUUGCAAACAUGCUUGGACCCUUAGGAAAGAUCUGAUAUCAUUGAACGUGCUUUACUAAACUUACUUGACAAGGAUUUGAUAAUCACAAAAUAACAGGUUGCUUUGCUUCAAAAAUAGCAACCCAGCCUAACACGAGGCACCAUUGUUUAUGAUGGCACUGCCCAGCCUGUAUGUAAUACCAGGAAGUGUUUUCAAAUUCUUCUAGAUGCAUAUAGUGCAUGUACAACCCAGUGCUCUUAUAGUUGCUCUAAAUUGAUAUAACUUUCUUUUAAAAAGGAAGACAAACUUGUGUGUAAUAUAGACCAAGUGUCUAAGUAAUUCACUAUAGUGGAUUGUGUCAAUCCUGAAAGAAAUCUUGGAUUGAAGUGUUUUUUAGGUUUCUUUAUACAUGUGUUGUGUAUUUUCCAGUGGUUGCAAGGUGUUCAUGUCAUUGUUACACUUUUUCAUUGGGCAUUAAUCAUUGCAAUUUUGUUACAAGAUUGCAUUUGGUCGUAGUAUUUCUGUGAUGAUUCCAGUGAUGGAAGCUUGUCCUAACAAUUUCUACAUAGCUAGGCAGGAGAAAAUGAUGGCAUGGCUAGUUGUCACAAAUAAUUCAUUGCUAGUCAAAUAAAGCGUCCAAAACAUACAUUAACAGAUUAAAUAUCACAAGACAUUGAAAAUACUCCUAAAUAUUUCGAAAAAAGGUUCUUCAGUAGCUCCUAGAUCACGUUACUUAACAUUUAUCCCAAUUCUGUUUUGACAGUUUACAAGAAAAAAAUGAAAAAUAUAAUGAAUUGCAUUGAAUAUUUAUUUUUUAAACUAAUCCCAAACUGGAUACCUGUCAAGUAAAAGUUUCAGCACGUUCAAGCCCAUGUUGUUGCUGGAAAAAGUACCUGUUUCAGUAGAUACUUUUUACAAGGUUGACAGCUAAAGUGUCUUAGUAUGUAUUCGUCCUGUUAUUGUUUUGUUGUAGAUAUUACCUACUCGAAUACACUUGUCCUAUUUAUUAUAUUGCCAAAAGUUCAACAUCAGUACAGGUUCGUGUAGUUUUUGAUUUUUAUAACAAAUAGUUGAUAAAAUGCAUAAAAAUGUUUGAUUUCGCUAAUAUUUGCGAAACAAACAAAUUACAUUUGAAUGAAAGAAUCGUCUCUUUAACAUAAGCUAUGUGUCAUAAAUGGCAGGGCUUUGUUUGUAUUAACAAGUAAACACGUAUGUUUCAAUAAGGGCAGUGACAGCCUUUUGGAUCCCAGCUUAAUGUUGUGACAGGAUGGAAUAGCUGCCAUCUUUGUUUCUUGUCUGUACAUAUGUAUAUACAUUGUUGAUUGGUCUGUACAUGUAUUGUCUUUUCAUCACAAGAAAUAAACAUUUUUAUAUGAGUA